UUGUUUUCUUUCCAUCACCCAUCCAAAACUGAAAAAUCAAUGACCUUGUUUGGUAUGAGACGCCCAAAUCCACUUUGGUUUUUUCACUGGGAGAUAGAGAGAGGCCAACCAUUCACCUUUCAAACCUCACCUUCAAAUUGAUUGUCCAAUUCCUCAAGCACACAUAGAAUCCAAGCACACACAAGAGAGUGGUGGGUGAAGAGAUCAAGUAUCCCAAAAUUUCUGGUCAACCACACAACUUUUACUGGGUUUUGUUCCAGCUAGUGUUUCAAUCAUAUCUGAAACCUAAUUUGGCUUAUAAAUUUCGGGGUCUGAUUCCAUCUUAGCAUACCCAAAAACCAGAUUGGCUUCAAACACUUUUUUUUUUUCCCAAGAGAGUCAACCAUACCCAUAUAGGCUUUUUCAUGAACAUCAAACAAUCAAAGUUUUGAUUUGGGUGUAUUCCGUUAGGGUUUGAUCUGGUUUCAAUUUGAAGAAUAUGAAUUUCCGAAGCAUGGAAGAGUUCUGGCCUUUCUAUGUGAACCAACACUCGAAACCAGCCACACGGCGUUGGCAUUUUGUGGGCACACUCACUAGUAUUCUCUUGUUGAUGUACUCUGUGUGCUUCAAUUGGUGGUUUGUGUUCUUUGUGCCUCUGUUUGGGUAUGGCUUAGCCUGGUACAGUCAUUUCUUUGUUGAAGGGAAUGUUCCGGCGACGUUUGGCCAUCCGUUUUGGUCCCUUUUGUGUGAUUACAAGAUGUUUGGAUUGAUGCUUACUGGUCAGAUGGAUAGAGAGAUCAAGCGGCUCGGUAAGAGGCCGGUAUUGCAGGUCUUUUGAUCAUUCUGUGAGAUUAUCAUAUUGAAAUGUGGUUUAUGAUAUAAUUGCAAUAGCAUAUAGAAUGUUUUUUCUUUUCUUUCUGUCAGAACUACUUUAGUUGAUGCCUUUCAUUUACUUUACUCUUUAUUGAAGCAUGUUUUGUACAUAUGUGGUGAAUCUUUUUUCUACUAAAGUUGAAAUGUUGAUUGCAACUACUAAGUGGUGAUGAUCUCAAAUAUGGUUAAUUUUGAGAUGGA